CGAGCGAUUGGACCGGCGUCUGCAUCCGCUCGACCGUGAGAAACGCUGCCAGGUUAGCGGUGAAUGUGGCCAGCAUCAGCACGACGAAUAGCCAGUAGGCGGCGACGAGCGUUCGGCCGGACAGGGCCUUCGGGGCUUCACCUCCACCCUGCGGCGUAAACGAGGUCAGCGCGAACCAGAAGCUCUCCUUUAGCGUGAAAUCCCUGCAAGUGAAACCGAUAACACAACGUACCGUGGUCGAUAUGAGAGCCCGUAGAAUGAAUGCGUAUCGCACCGAUCCCUGUCCCCGAGAUAACCUUACCGGCAUUCGUACGGAUAAGCGUCCUUGUUGUUCCGGGCACUGUAGGGCGAAAACUUGUCGAGCAACCAAAGCAUCACGGCCGUAGCAACGAUCGCCAGUAGAAUGCUUAACCAAACCUCCAGCCGCAGUACGGUCAUGAACUUGAAGAGUGAAGUCUCCCGGACCGGCUUGCGCAUCGCUAUCAGUAUGCCGGUUUGCUCAAAGUACGGUGCAACGAAGUCGAUCACCUCCUCCCGUUCGGCCGUCAUCUUUAUCGAAGCGACAGCAAAAUCGAUCUCACCGACGACCAGCUCCCCCACCAGACCAUCCCAGCGUCCAUCGACAUCCCGCCGUUGCCCGAAGGUUCCAUUGCGCGGCGCUACCAGAUCGUAGUCAAAGUUCAUCACCACCGACAGCUGGUGGAGAAAAUCGAUACAAUAUCCCUCCCAGAUGGGUCCACCCGAUACCGGAUCCUGGAGCAGGCUGCCCGUUACCGGAUCCCGUUUACGGUAGGCCCACGGGAUGGAUUCGGUCGUGCCGACGCGAAAGAAGCGCUUGCCAGCGGAAAGCGUCCGGUUCGGAACGAGUGACACUCGACCUCGCACGA